UUCCACGACCAGGUCUUGUUGAAGAACAUGACCUCCAUCGUCUUACCCAACGUGAUGGAUCCCGGCGCUUUCGAAACCGUUUUGGGUUCCGCCUACACCGGUCAUCUCACCAUGGCGCCUGAGGAGAUCGUUAACUUCUUGACGGUCGGCAGCGUCCUCCAGAUGUGGCACAUCGUUGACAAGUGCACCGAGCUCCUCAAAGAAGGUCGGGCCGCCUCGGCGCCGUCCGGACCUUCCUCUUCCUCCUCUUCUUCUUCUUCUUCCUCCUCCUCCUUGCGCGCCCAUUCCAGUCGUACCAGCGACAACCAGUCUCCCAGCAGCAGCAACUACUUCAGCCCCCGUGACGCGGAGGAAGGCAGCGAGGACGGCGAAGGCGGUCGACGUCCCCUCUACGUCCAACCGAGCAUCGUCCCUCAAAAACAAUGGGUCUACGUCAAACAGGAAUGGUUGCAGGAAGAUCUGGUCCUCACCUGCGAGGAAGACGAAGAUCCGGUGGAAGGACCGGCCCGAGGGACCGAAGGACCUUCUCGCGUCGCCGUCUCCCGUCCCGCCGCCCCCAAGCUGGAGGAACAAGUGAACUUCUGCGAAUCCUCCGAAGAUUUCCCGUCGCCCUACGAAACCUUGGAAGAUACCGGAGGUCCCGGUUCCUUCCCGCCCCGUUCCCUCCUUCCCAUGGACAUGCAAGGCAACCAAAUCUUGGUCUUCCCACCUCAAACUCCCGUAGAACACGGCGCCGUUCAACUCACCACGUCGUCGGCCGACGGCAACAAAAUUUUUAUGUGUCAUUGCGGCAAAGCUUUCUCCCACAAGAGCAUGAGGGACCGUCACGUCAACAUGCACCUCAACCUCCGUCCCUUCGACUGUCCCGUCUGCAACAAGAAGUUCAAGAUGAAGCACCACCUCACCGAACACAUGAAGACCCACACCGGCCUCAAGCCCUACCAGUGCGACGUCUGCGCCAAAAAAUUCAUGUGGCGCGACAGCUUCAUGCGUCACAAAGGUCAUUGCGAACGACGACACCGGUUGGCCGGGGUGUUGCCGGUCCCACCCGUUCUUACCGGGGUGGCCAAGAAGGAGCAAGG